UUGGUUUUUAAUCGAACUCUCAUGACCUUUUCGGAUGCGCGUAUCGCACUUCUUCUUAUUUCUUUUUCAUCGGCCAUGGUUCAAUCUCGGUCGUCACACAAGCGACAUAUUUUAUAAACAUAAAACAAAAAAAAUCCUAAGGAAAGAAAAAAACUUGAUUGAGGGAAAAAGAUAUGAGAGCAACGCAACGUAUUUAAUUCUCAGCGUACAGUGCAUACUAAACGUCAGCGUGGUUAGGUUCUCUUUUCUAUUCCUUCUCUCUCUCUCUCUCUCUUUCUCUCUAUCUUUGUCUAUUUGUUCAUAAACAAAAUACUAAAGUGCAUAGGUGAAGGUUUGUUUUUGAAUUACCAAAUCUUAACUGUGGCUCGUCGUAUGUGAAACUUCAUUUAAAAACCUUCUAAGUAAAGGAAAACACAUACAUAAAUACGUGCAGAUUUGUAACAACUUUCUUUUGUUUUUUUUUUUGUGUGAAAUAUCACUCAUUCUUUUCUUACAAAAAUUACAAUGGGAUAUUCCGCUGUUAUUCCUGUUCUCUGUAUUCUGUUUGGUUUUCUUGGAUAUGGCAAGACACAGGAAAAUUUACCAUCCGCCGAAGAUGUACUUCAGCAAGCGUCCAAUCUUGUAAAUCAUCCUGAAAUAAAUAAUUUAAAUAUUUCUGCAUUUCCGAGUAUCCAAGAGACAACAAAUCUUUUCGAACAAAAAUGUCAAAAGAAUGGUGGACCUAACGCGUUUCAGAAUGCUAAACGUGCACAAUCAGAAAUGGAACAGUGUCUUAAAUCGCUCAUCAACAUGACUGAGUUAAACGCGGAGAUGGAAAGCGCUAAACCUAAGGGCGAAUUGGACGAAGUUUUUAAAAAAUAUUGUCGUAGAAGUCCUAUUUUUAAAAAUUGUGUAAAUAACUUUACUACUGCCAUUGAGCCCUGUCUGGAAGAGAAAGAACGCGAGAAUAAAAAGAUCGUUCUGAAUAUCACCGAAUCUAUCCUCAACUUUGUUUGUUAUAAAGAAGGAGAUAGAAUUGCUCUCUUCAUAGCAGCGGGAGGACCAGACUGCUUCCAAUCUAAGCAACAGGAGAUUCAAGACUGUGCCAAUGCUACAUUUGGCAGUUAUAUUCCUACAACUGAUCCUACAACCGGUGCAUUGCCUACACUUAAUAGUUUACCAUCUUUAAUAUUUGACGAUAAAGAGUGCACGGAUAUGAACAACCUACAAGAUUGUGUUGUUAGAGAAUUAGAAAAAUGUUCUGAUCCAACGCCUGCAAAUAUAAUGGAAUCUAUAUUUAGAUUCAUAAGGAAAGUAACACCUUGCGAAAGAUUAUUAGUUAAAGUACGAAGUGCUGCUGUUACCAGAGAAGAAACCAAAAGUUCUUCUACGAUUGCUACACCUAUUUCGUUGAUGAUCAUUGUUACUUUUUUAUUACAAGGUGGAAAAAAAGUUGAAAUAGCAUCUGAUGAGGAUUCGAUCAACAAUGAUGCGUGCAGUGUCUCUAGUGGUCAAUCGGAUAAUCGCAGCAUGCCCGAAGAUGUAAAUGAUAAUGAGGUUGAUGAAAUUGCGCAACAAGAAACGUUUGAGGAAAAAUUGAAAGAAGCUAUCGAUGGUCUAACACAAAGGAGUGCUAAGGGCAGAAUUAUUUGCUUCAAGGGAAUUGAAAAGAUCUUUGCUAUUAAAUACGUUCCAGACUUCAUAGAGGAUAGAAAGAUUACCAUUUCCGAUUCUAUUGAACGAAGUUUAAAAAAGGGGAGAUCUGAAGAACAGUUGACAGCAGCUAGAUUGAGUACUUUACUUUGCGUUCAACUUGGAAUUUUUGAAAGUGCUGAGGCGAUUUGUAGAGAUUUGAAAUCUACAUUAAUUUUUGUUGCCAAUGAUACUGCAGCAUCUACAGUUGCACGUUCUGAAUGUUGUUGGGCAUUAAGCAUGAAUCAAUUUUUGUCUGGUAAUGAUGCAGCUGAUACACUUGAUAUCGUCCAAUUAUUAUCCGGCAUCUUUUCUGGCUCAUAUUUAAAAGGAAAUGGUACAAUAGCAACAGUUUCUGCAGAUGUAGCAGCACUUCAUGCAGCUGCAAUUUCAUCAUGGACUCUUCUCUUAACUGUCAUGAACCCAGCAGAUAUAUAUAAUCUUCUUGCCAGCGAUAAAAGCAAUACUUACAUGCCCUCUCUUAAUAGACUACGUGAAUUAUUGACAUCACCUCAUCUUGACGUAAGGUUAUCUGCAGGUGAAGCUCUUGCUGUUAUAUUCGAACUUGGUCGUGAGUUUUCUUACGAUUAUGAACAAAAGUGGGCAGACAGUCUUAUCGAUGAACUUAAGGAAUUAGCUACUGAUUCUAAUAAAUAUAGAGCAAAGAAAGAUCGUAAACAGCAGAGAGCUAAUUUCCGAGAUAUAUUACGGUAUAUUGAGGAAGAUAUUGUUCCAGAAAUGCAUGUUAGAUUUGGACAAGAAACGUUAUAUUUAGAAGGCUGGUGUACUCGUACUCAAUACAAUGCUUGCUGUCGAUUACUUGGCCCUGGUAUAAACAUCCAUCUAGCUGAAAAUCAAUUAUUGCGUGAAAUUUUCGAUCUGGGUAAUAAAGUGUUGCCUAUACCAUCUCAAAAAACAACCAAAUUAGAGAGAACUUUAAUGAAUGCUGCUGCUUUCAAGGCGCGUACCAUUCUACGCAAUAAAACUAGAGAUAAACGAUCUGCAGCCAUGGCACCGUAACUUCCACAUAUUUAAUUUUUUCUAUUUCUAAAAUUUCUUUCAUUCAAUAAAGUAAGGUUUUUUAUUUACUGUA